AUGCUUAUACCGUUUACUUUUACAUGCAACCUUGUAUUCAACCAUUAUCCUUCUUUCUUUCUUUUUAUACCCCACUCUCUUGAACGCUCCUCACUGUUCUUUCUUUUACCCUCUAUUGAUACAUUUUCCUUUCAUCUUUACAUCAUCUUCACUCAGCCUUCUCUUUCUUUAUUAACCUCUCUCUUAUACUUUCUUGCUUUUUUUCUUAUUUCUCUUACGAUCGGUUUCUUUUUAUUAAUUUCCUUUUUAUUUUCUCCCCUCUCUUACACAAGCUUCAGCUUUCUCUUUUAUUCUCUUUCUUUCUUACUUUUUCGUUUACUUCCCCCUCUCUUACACUAUCUUCAGCUUUCUUUUUCUUUCUACUCACUCUUUUACUCUCUUUUUCUACUUCUUUUCCUUCUUAUUUCAUUUUUUUCGUAUUUGUUGUUCUCAAUACCCAUCCUAUCUCUUUUAUUUUCUUUUUUAAAAUUUGACAUUAUUAAUCUCUUCUCUUCACCCUCUCUCAUUGUCUCUCGCAUAGACUUUUCUUCAACCACAUCCAUUGUCUCUCGCAUAGCCUCCUAUUCACUCUCUGUCACAAUGGUCUUCCCUUCAACCUCACUUAUUGUCUCUUUACUUUCUCUUUUUCUCUAUCAAUGUAUCUUGCAUAGUUUUCUUUUCAACUAA